AUGGAUAUUGGCAAACAACCUAAGUCUAGAAUUGAAGAACCACCACUUUAAACUAGAAUUGAAUAACCAAUAAGAAACUAGAUUCAACAGGUCUAAAGAAAAGCGAAAAAAUAAGCGCCUGGGUUUUAAGAGGAUCCCACUUUGUUAAAUGAAUUAGACGGAAAUGUAUUAAAGGUUGAUUUGAUUAGAAGCAUGCAUAAGAAUAAGAAAGAUGUGGGGCCAGAUGUUAAAGACAUCCAACUUGAUACAGAUCUGCAGGAUUUAUUUGAACAUGUUGAUGUUGGUCACGGUGAUGAAUCAAUGGCCUGUCUUCCUUGGAAAGGAGCACUAAAGAAGCCUGAUAGUCAUCCUCCUAUCAACCCAACUAUGCCAGAUGUAACUUACAAAAUCGACUUCGUGUAUGGAUAUAAAAAUGAAGAAGUUAGAUAGAAUUGCUUCUACAACAACUAAAAUGAAGUAGUGUAUAUGACAGCAGCAUUAGGAGUUAUAUAUAAACCUGGAAAUAAUAAGUAUUAGAAAUAUUUCGGAGGAGGAGAGACAUUCGAAAUGGUUCGAAAGUAAGUUGAUAACUCUAUCAAUGCUCAUACUGAUGAUAUCAUGUGCUUGUGCAUUAACAUUGAAAGAACUAUGUGUGCCACUGGCUAAGUUGGGCAUUCACCUAUUAUCUUUGUAUGGGAUUCAUUUAACGCUGAAAAGAAGGGAAUGUUUAGAUUGCCCAAAGGAACAAGAUCAGUGACUGCUAUUGCUUUUAAUAAAGACUCUUCAUUAAUAGCCUCUGCUGAUUUCAGUAAUGAUCACAACGUUUAUGUACAUAAUUGGAGGACAGGACAAGUUAUUUUCACCAAAAAGACUGGAGGCUCUAAGAUAUUUAUGAUUGAAUGGAGUAGAAAAGCAGAUGAAUUUUUCUCAGUUGGACCUAAACACAUAAGUUUUUGGGAUGCAAAAGGUGUUAAAUGGAAUGGUGCAUUGAAAAAUGAGAAUUAAGGAACCAAUUUAUUAUGCGUCGCUUCAGAUUUGGAUGGUAAUUUUUACACAGGUGCUUAAAAUGGAAGCGUUAUGAAAUGGAAUAGAAACAGCAUGACUAUGUCAUAAAAAAUGCAUGAUGGAAUCAUCUAUUGCAUUAGAUUUGUUUAGCAGAUGGGAACUAAUACGUUUUAUCUUAUCACAGGGGCUUCAGAUCAUACUAUCAAAAUCAUUAAUCCUUAACCUUUACAAGGUAAUGACAGAUUAUAAAUUUUAUUCAAUCUGGAAACAGAACAAAUCCCAAAGAGUGUAGACUUUGGCAAAAAGUUUCUACUGGUUGGGUUCAAGAACGGAACUAUUGUGGAGAGAGAAGUUUCUUCUAAAGGUAAAGAAGAAAUUAUGCACUCACAUCACGAUGGUGAACUAUGGGGACUUUGCUUGAUCGAGGAUUAAAAAAAAUUUAUUACUAGCGGAGAUGAUAACAAAUUAUAUAUGUAUGACAUUUCGGAUAGGAAAAUGGUGCAAUCUGGGAAUGUAGAGAUAUCAACUAACGAAGAAAAGAAAUAAUAGCAACUUAAUCCUAACAGACAAGGAGGAGCCUCAACAACAAGUAAUGAACCACCUGAAAGAUAAUCAAGAGCACUAGCAUAUUGUUAGAAGUAUUAGCAUUUGGCUGUAGCUGAUAAUCUUGGAAAGGUAUCAAUAAGGAAAAUUUAAUUUGGUGAAAAGCAAAAUCUCAAUAAUGUAAUUGACUAUUUGGUUUAACCAAAUGAGUGGAUCGAGUGUAUGAGUUACGAUCCAUCUGGUAGCAAGCUUGCAGUAGGGUCUCAUGAUAACAAUAUAUACGUUUAUACUAUUGAUAAAACUAAUGAGAAGUACCUUAAAUGCUUUGCUCUCAAAGCUCAUUCUUCUUUUAUUACAGCGCUUGACUGGUCUUUAGAUUCAGAAUAUAUUAGAUCUAAUUGUGGGGCUUAUGAACUUUUGUUUUUCAAUGUAAGAAGUAGAGAAUAGGACAAAAGUGGAGCUAGCAACACUACUAGAACAUAAUGGGCGACAUAAACAUGCAAAUUAGGAUGGAAUGUUGAAGGUAUAUAUCCAGAGGGAUGCGAUGGUACACAUAUCAAUACAGUUGAUCAGUGCAAUAAGCAUCAAAUUAUAGCCACAGGCGAUGAUUAUGGUCUUGUAAAUAUAUACAGAAACCCAGUUAGAACCAAUAAACAUGCUGCAAGAUCAUUCAGAGGACAUAGUGAACAUGUAACUAAAGUUAAAUUUAUGAAUGAGGGGGAGUACUUGAUAUCUAUCGGUGGUAUGGAUCAAACUAUUAUUCAAUGGAAAUUGGCUGUUCCAAGAUGA